UAUGUUUUUAUUACCAAUUUUCACGGAAAAGAAUUGUGUUAUUCAGAUGUAUGAAGUCACAUUUGAACCAUGUAUUGCAAUAUUUACUUGUAUUCUGGUGUUUUAAAGGCAAAUUGAGCUGUGAAAAUGUGUGCACGCAUGCGCGAUAAAUCUUAAUGGAGACCCCGAAAAAUGGCGGAGCUAAGAAGUAGACCUGGGGCAAUUUCAAAAGGCAUGAAAUUGCCUGUAACAAUCGAAGAUGCGAUUGAAGACGUCUUGGUUGUUUGCUUAGAAUAUGGUGCUAAACUUUUCAAGGGCAUUUUGUUGGAUAUAAAUAAAAGAAAUUUGCCACAUGGUGUUUGUGUGCCUUUUUCGGCGAACGGGAACGGUUCAAAAGACGACCCCGGUGCUUCUGGUGUCAACAAUAAUGCAGAUCAAGACAUAGAAAUAUCAGCUACAAAUUUCAGACACACCUAUUUGCGUGGAAAUGAAGAGCAUGUCAAUAACUUUAUUUUACGUUCAAGCAAAGACCGACCAGCACGUAGCAUCAGGCUACGUCCUCGGUCAACUCUCUGUAGCAAGUGCAAGUCGGUAUGUCAAGAGACGGAGAAGGGAAUCAUGCCUGUUCAACAGAUUGUGAAACAGAACAACCAAAAGAACCAAGCACCUCAGCAAUCUCUUCGUGAGGGACUGCGGAGGAGGUCCGUCCAAAACAAGGAGCCAAAUAAGGAACCUCAAAACACCAAAUCAACAGACAGUAAUAAAAACUCAGUUGUGACUCGUUCUAGUCCGUUUAUCAAGAUUUCAUUCGGAGAGGGAACAGUGUUAAAGAUACCGCCUAGACUUCAUGAUGAGGUAGACGGUACUACUGUAAAAUCUAAAGGGAAAGCGGAAUCUGUGAAAGAAGAGAGUCCAACUGAGCAAGACAAAAAUAGGAGAACCAGCAAAAGAAAUCUCCGCAAAACUAAAGACCGUGCAAAACGCAUGGAAGAUGAACCGAAGAAAGAAAGUGAAAGUAGCAAUGAAAAUGUCACUAGUCAUCACAAAAAACACAAACGCAAACAUAAACACAAACAUGGUGAAAACGAAGACAAAAAUCAAAACCCCCCUUCUGAAGGUGUGGACGAGAAUUUAGAAAGUACAACAGAGAAUCAAAGUGAUGCCGCUCAACGACCAAGAUUGCUUUACACAUGGCGACAAAAUAAAGGACUCUCACCAAGACGAGAAAAUACCACAAACAAUAUAGAAAAUGUGAAUAAAAAUAUUUCCUUAAAGCAGAAUCUCCCAGAGGAGAUAUCACCAAAACGCAAUGUGCGGAUAAAAAGUAGUGAUCAGGUGCAAAAGAAAGAGUAUAAACUUAGGAGUCGUGAGAGGCUCAGCAUUGACUCUGUAGAAAAAAGUCCAAGGAAGGAGGAAGAGAAAAUACCAGAGGAGGAAGCCCCUGAUGAAGAUUUUGAUAACGAUGAAAACGUUCCUGAACUAGUGAUGACAGUGAGUGAGGAGUCAAUGCCUGAUAUAGACUCAGCGAGCCAGGAAAUGGACAGGGAUAUUGUUGACUCAUUGGACUCUAAAGAGAAAUCUCCUGUGUAUUAUAAUAGUGUUAGUGAUAAAAGCACAGACUACUAUCUGAACUCAAAUCAUGAUUACUUUGUGACCUUAAAUAGCACCAACAGUCUUAGUAACUCCAUAACAAGUUCUCGCUCUGAGAAUCAUGAUAAAUAUGUGAUAAUUGACACGGACAAGUACUCUGUGAUAUCAUCUGCGUCAGAGCGCGAAUUUGACUUUAAGGAUGAAGACAUUCCUUUAUCGCCCGAGCGUACGUCUUCACCCUUGCCAAUGGUUUCCCCUCCCUCACAUCAGCUAGAUCCGGUGUCACCUGUUCAUCAUCAACCCCACCCAGUAUCGUUGGUCCAUGAACCAGUGCUUGUCUCUCAGCAACAUCACUACGAACCAGUACAAAUUCCAGCAGUGGAAGAGGAAGAGGAGGAGGAGGAGAAAGAAGACAUUGCAGAUGCUCCGCCCACCAAUAACGAUGAUGUGUUCAAAUCACUGAUGAUGAAAAUCAGGACGCGUGAUGUGCCAAAGUGCAUGGCCACUGACGGCCGGACUAUUCGUGUGGGUGAUAUAGUGUGGGGAAAGAUUAAGGGCUUUCCAUGGUGGCCAGGGCGGGUGUUGUCAAUCAGUGUCAGUGAGAGGGACGGUGGAAUCGUGAUCAGGAAACUUGCCCACGUGUCAUGGUUCGGUUCGUCCACCAUGUCACACAUUCAGUGUUCAGAUCUGUAUCCAUUCUUGGAGGACUUUAAGUUACGUUAUAACAGAAAGAAACGGGGACCAUACAAAGUGGCCAUCAAGCAAGCCACCAUUGCAGCACAGAGUGUGACUAACACCCACCAUAUUGACUUCAAAGAAUUUGACUUGUAGCAGUCUUCAUCCAAAAAUAAAACAUACUGCAUAAUCCAUUCUAAAAAAGGAAUUGUGAAUGAGAGAUCCAAUUGGACAUACAGGAAAGGUUCAAACAGUCAAAUUCCUGCACAGAGUAGCUCACAACCCAAAAGUCUGCAGACUUUAUUGUCCAGCGAAGGAUUUUUGUAGAGCACAAGAGGGAGCUGUGAUUUUGUUUUCUGUAACUAGAACUUUACAUGUAUUAAUGGCAGUGAAUUUUUAAAGCGAGUUACCAGAAAUGGAUCAAGCUUCUUUUUGUAUUGUUUUGCGAGUUCCAGGAAUGAACUGUGCUGCUCUUUGUGAUCAUUGUGCCAUUCAGUUUCUCCCAUUCUCUACAUAGUUCUCAUAUACCUCAAUAUUGACACAGUAUGGAGUCAUCAUCGAAACAUUUUUUUUUUAUAUCUGUACAUUUUGUAUAUCUUUUUUGUCCAUUGGGUUUGAGUGCAUUUUGACAAUAUGUGAGAUUCUGUUAGAAUCCUUUCAUUGAGGUGUGUUUAUUGGUCACAGUAUGUGUGUCGUCAAGAAAGGAAACGCCUGUAUCAAGUCAGUAUUCGGUCAUUCUGAUUCAGUAGCCACGUUAUGUACUUUUGUUUUCAGUGAUGAAUUAAUUUUCACAGUUUGCAUUGGAUAGCAACAGUUUCAUUCCAUUCAUUCACACAUCAAUACAGCCGUCAUUUCAUAUUGACCAUAAAAACAAGUUUAUCUCCAAAAAUCAAUUUUUAUGCAAAGUAAUUUUUAUUUGGUGAUUAUCAUUACAUAGCUAUAUACACAGUAUAUGAAUUUGAAAGUUCAGCUUGGAUUUUGACCUCAAAGUUAUUGUGAUUUCAACAUAUUGAUAUGUUCAUAGUGGAGGUGCAAUCUUUAGUAAUUCAAGAUUUGAUGGAAUAAGUUUUCCUUCAAUGAUUUUUUUAAAUCUUUAAAAAUUUGAUAAGAAUGCAUUUUCUUUGUACUUUUAUGAGAUUUUUAUACUGUUACUUUGUAUGGGGGAUAAAUUUUUCAUGUUUUCAAAUGGUAAGUUUUUACUGCAUGUACUAGAAACAUUUGAAGUGAGGGGAAAAAAGAAAAAAAAUGUCGAUCACAAGUAAAAGUUGGUCCAGACUGUACAUGUUAUUCGUUAUGUAUCAUGAUGUAUUAAUUUAUAUAUUUUUAACGAAAUAUUCAAGAUGUCCAAUUUGGUAAUUUUUAAGAAUAUUGAAUGUGCUGAUAAGGUUUAUAUGUGUAGGUGUAGGUGACGUGAAUCUAAAGAUGUACCCCAGCACGUUUUCUUGUUGAAACUAUUUUUGAAUUUAUUUUGUUUUUUGUGGAUUUUAUUCCAGAAAACAUGACUGCAAGUUUUCCCUAAUUAUGCAUAUAUGCUGUCAAAUAUGAUUACAGUAUUGUAAUUCUAAUUUGCAUGCAAGUUCCAAUAAAUUGAUUUUUAGUUGGGGACAAAUGGUCAAAGACCCAAAAGUAAUAACCGUUUAAGUUCUAUUAUUUUAAGUUCAACUAUUUUUUUUUUUGCAAAAGAAUUUCUGGAGACAUAUAUUUAUUAGAACCAAGCAUUAAUGAUGAAUUGAGAAAAACGCAUGUAUUUGCAAUUGCAGAUGUGAAUCAGACUUACUCUUUAUGUUAUGCUGUGAAGUCUUUUUCUCGGCAUGUCCCCUUGUUCCUGCUUAAUAAAUAUACAGAAUGAUGCUCUUGAACUAUGGUAGCUUGUACAACAUUCUAAUGUUAGUAAGACAGACCCUGAUUUUCAUGGCUUGCUCAUAUCUCACAUCUAAGUGACCUUGAUUUUUAUACUCUUUUUUGUCAUUCACUUGUUAUUAUAUAUGAUGUAUCAGUGGAAUCAGUUUGUUUUAUAAUUGUUCCAUGUUUUUUUGUAAUGGCCAAAUAUCCUGUCUCACAAGUUUCACAAUUCAUAGAAUAAUGCAAUCCAAGGACUUCUCCUCGAACUUGGGACAUUUUUCUUUAACACUAGUCAGAUAGAUGCUUGAUGAGUAAGGACCUGUUUGUAGUGGAGAAAAAGAGAGAGAGAGUCUAUUUUUGAAUUUUAUUAAACUGUUACUAUGGUUACAGAGUGAUAUUGAGAUAACCAGUCAAAUAAAUCUGGAAUUACUACAA